CCUGCUGCCGUCCCUUUCCACAAACCUCAAUAACAACAGUAUCACAGGCUGAUAGUGUGUGUGCGCGAGUGAAGGGGAGUGAGGAGUGCCUCCGCCGUCGCAGCUGGUUGCGGCUGCCUCCCAGUGCUGGAUUUCCUUGAAGGUCUGCCUCGCCUCUGCAGUGCCCAGGAAAAACAAGGGGCCCCCAGAGACUGAGAGAGGCACAUGACACAGAUGCCAGUGUGCAGUGAAGCCUUAAGCACAGAACUGAUUUUGAUACUGGAUUGUGGUUAAAGGCAACAAAGGGAAUUCACGGCUUGUGUGUGUUAACAACGUAAUACACAUGACUGCAAAAAGCUGAAGUUCAAAGAAAGCAAGGGGGAGGUGUUGCACGUUUUGGGUUGACAGGAGCGAAGCAGCGUUCACCGCACAUGCUAGGUUUCCGUCAUUUACAACAGAUAACAUCUAUGACACUGCAAAAACUGUAGUAAUGGACAAGAAAAGUGCAAAUGGCUUUCCUUCCAAAGCCACUGAGAGUGGAGUGCAAAGAAAACAGCUGCCGUAUUCUGUAGAGACACCUUAUGGAUUUCAUCUGGAUCUGGACUUCUUGAAAUAUGUAGAUGACAUAGAGAAAGGUAACACAAUCAAGAGGGUGCACAUCCAGCGCAAAAAUCGGGGCCCAAAGUACAGCACACUGCCACGCAACUUCAGUUUACCUGGGCAUGGUGCUCGACCUCUAGCCAAAGACACUUGGGCCAAUACUUCUACUUUAGGGUCUAAACCUAAGUCACGCGUUACCGAAGUCCAGCAGCUCUUUGAGUUUCGAGCCAGUGAUGGCACUAGUGGUAGCAGUAGUGGAACCUCCCCUGCCAGCCAGACAAAGACAUCUGGGAGUGUUUUACUCCCCUCUCCGAAAGCUGCGGAAGAGCCUCAAAUACAAGCACCCAGUGAACAGUCCACGGGCCUUAAUGUUAGGCCUCACCUGUUAAGAGCCUCCAGCAUGCCUGUUAAUGUCCCACGGCGGAAAGGUUCGGACUCAACUGAUGAGCAAAUUCCUCAAUCACAGAAUGGCUCAACAGAGAAACUAUUUAAGCCGGCGGAGGGAGGCGACAGAAGAGGCAGUCUUCCACAGGACAGGGCCAGCUUACAUCAGCAGAUCACAGCAGCAUUGAAAAGGGUGCGUGAGUUAGAGGAACAAGUCAGGACCAUCCCCGAACUGAGGGCUCAAAUAUUAUCUCUAAGGGAAGAAAGGGAGCAACUGCUUGAAAGGAUUCAGCAACACCAAUCUGAGAGUAAGAGGCCUUCGCAGCUGGAAGAGAUCAAUGUUCCUCAGACUGAAUCUCAAGAAAAGGCUGUUCCGCCGAUUUUAACUGAACAGACAGAGGCUUCCUUAAUUUCACUGGACAUUGCAGUAGUACAUUCAGACAAACCCACAGAACAACAAGCAAUGGAACAAAAUCUUGUACCACAGGGUAUUUUAGAGCCAGAAAUUGAUAAUCAUGAAAAUGUAAUUGACACAAAGUCAGAGAAGGAACCAGUUCAAACACCAGUGCCUGUCCCGGUGAUACUCAUAGAGAAGGCAGAAACACCAACUGAUUUGGACGAAUCUGACAAGCUUUUGCAGGAAUCUACAAAAGAAGAAGAUUUAGAGAGUCAUUCCGAGCAAGUAAUCAUGCAGGAGACUUCGUCAGAGACUUUGAUAGAAGAUAAACAGUCAGCACUGUCAGAAGGGAUUUCAGAAUCAGAAGAAUCAAGUGUUACAAUUGAAUGUACAUCCACUCAAGAAGUUUCAGAGAAAUCAGAGACUGUUGAAGGACAACAUGAAAAUACAAUCUCUGAAGUUGGUGAACAGAAGCUUCUCUCUAAUCAGGAGCUUCAAGAAAAACUAAAAACUUUGGAAGAGAGUUUAAGCAAAGCGAGUUGUGAAUUAGAAACAACAAAUAACUUACUGAGAGAGCAGAUGGAUGAGAACCGACUAAAGGAUGAGAGGAUACAGGAACUGAUUGAAAGAGUGAAGGAUCAAAGUCUUCAAGGUCCUUCUGAGUCACUUCCUGAACCAGUUGUGACUUGUGAUGCAUCGGUCAGUACGGAUAGCAAAAGUGUCCUGGAGAAGGCUGUCUCAACAGAACCUCAACCAGCUGAUGGUCCCAAAGAAACAGACUCGAAAUGCUCAAGCACCCAGACAGAUAUAGUAGAAGCACGAGACAUUGAAAUCUUAGCUCAAAUCCCUACAGCAGAGAAAAUUGUAGGGGUAGAGAUUGUUAUGUGUGAUCAGGCAAUAGAGACUGAGCUCCCGGAUAAUCCAGAAAAUAACAAGGAAGUUUCUGAAAUGCUAGAGAGAACAGAGGCGGAUAAAGAAAAUGAUGUCCAAGAUUAUGUGUCAAGUCAAGAAAAUGUGGUUGCAGAGAGUGACACUGAAGAAUAUGUAAUGGUAGAAAGUGCUAUGGUUGAGACGAUGGCAAGUGAAACAGAAGUCUCUAAGCCCACAGUCCCAGAGACAGAAUCUGUGGAGAAUGCAGGUGUUGAAUGCACAGAAACAGAUAAAGACGAGGGAGAAAGAAGUGCAGGUUUGCAAACACAGCAGGAGCAAAAGGGAACACAAGGCCAGGAACCUCAGUCUCCGAGAACACCUGAAGCCACAGCUUCUCCUGCUGCCAUUGGUCAGGUUGUUAAUCGUAUACAGGGUCUUCUUAAUGAGCAGUGGGCCAGCCUAGGGAGCGGAGGCCAAGAUCCAAAGGGAGAGAGCUCCCAAAAACCUCAUGCCUCCAAAAUAAGCUCCAUUCAAAGCCACCUGAGAGGUUCCCUCAGUGCCCUGUCUGCUUUCUACUCACCUGUUCAGAAAGGAGGGGCUGCACGACAAUCAGGCCUCAAAUCUAUCAUGAAGAAGAAUGACUGUCCUGACAAGCAGGGCAACGGGGGAGCCAAGAAGUUGAAGUUUGUUGGCGUAAAUGGAGGCUAUGAGACUACCUCCAGUGAGGACUCCAGUGGGGAGGAGGCUCAGGACGAGGGGGAGGAGGUGGAUAGCUCGGAGUCUGAGGUGGAGCAGGGGGAGGAGAGUGGAACGGCCAAGGAGGAGGCUGCUGCUACUGGGGAGCAAGGUGACGGGGAUCAGGCAGAGGGGGCAAAGGGCUCUGAGGAGCCUGAUGCCCCCCAGGCCACCAUGAGUCCCCAGGAGGAGCAGCCUGUCAGUGAGUUAGUCGAUAAGAACUUUAUGGCUGCUUGUGAUUUCCUGAAGGAUCACAUGGCUGAGGUUGCUACUCCAAAUAAAGAGAUGAGGCAGAUUCUCAUGGUGCUCUAUCAGGAGUGGUUUCGUGUGUCCAGUCAGAAGGAAUCGCAGGCAGAUACCGUCACCUUGUACCUGAGGGAGGUGGGCUUUCAGGCUCCCACCCUUCUGCGGUAUAUAGUGAACCUGGCUGAUGGAAAUGGCAACAUGGCUUUACACUACAGUGUGUCCCAUUCCAACUUCUCUGUGGUCAAGCUGUUAUUAGACACAGGUCUGUGUGAGGUGGAUCAUCAGAACAAGGCCGGCUACACUGCUAUAAUGUUGGCAUCUCUUACUGCGGCUGAAAGCUCCGAAGACAUGGAGGUGGCUCAGCAACUGCUGAGAAUGGGCAACAUCAACGCACGAGCCAGCCAGUCAGGGCAAACAGCACUGAUGCUUGCAGUCAGUCAUGGGCGGACGAUGAUGGUGCAGCUUCUUUUGGACUGUGAGGCUGAUGUGAACCUACAGGAUCGGGAUGGUUCCACUGCCCUGAUGUGUGCCAGUGAGCAUGGCCAUACUGAGAUAGCCAAAAUUCUGCUGGAGAGACCAGAUUGUAACACGUCACUCACAGAUAAGGACGGCAACACAGCUCUUUCAAUAGCUACGAAGACUUCCAACUCUGAGAUAGUGGACCUUCUGAAAGCUCACACUGAUCCAGACACAGCCGCAGAUCCAGCAUCCUUGCACUGAAUGCAAACGCCUUGUCUUCAUUUUCAUCUGGCUCUGCCAGGUUCAACUAUCUACUGCCUCAAACAGACUUGCUGGCAAGGCCAACAGUCAACAGUAGAGACACAGCACUUACCGGUCAUUUGCAGAUUCUCAACCUAAAUAGGUGUUGGAGAAACAGCCAAUGAGAAAUGUACUUCUGUACGUCAAUCAAAGAUGCCGGAAUUACGGGAGACCCAUUGAGUGUGAGCCUCCCCAAAACUGUCCUAAAGCACAGCUACUGUAGCUUUUUUCAAGGUGUUAACAUUGCUUGGAUCAGGCAUGGUACAUUGUUACAUAUUUUGGCCUUCUCCUGGCAGGUAAUGUGAUUAUAUUUUUGUUAGGUGAUCAAGCAUAAUCUACAAAUGUUAUUUAAAAUAUAAAUAUAUAUAUCAGAUACACACAUAUUUAUUUUUUAUUGCACUUUUCUGUAAUAUUUCCCCAGGAGUGUAUCUAAGGCUUGUCUUAGUAAAACCUGUCUUCCUACAAAUGAGUUUUUGUUUCAGGAUGUACAUGUAACCAUUUCUCACCAUCUAAUUUAUUUAUGACACAUCUUUUUGUCCCACCAGUUCUCUUCCCGUUAAGAUAAGAAAAAAUGGGUGUGGAAUACAGUAUUUUGUAACCUAGGUGACAAAAAAUACUUGCAAGCAGGAACUUGUCCAUUUACAUUUAUUAUGUGAAAAUUUCCUGUAUGCAACCAGCUGCAGUAUUAACUUUUACUCCAUUAAAACUGUGCAUUAAACAACAAUAUACAGAUGGGAGUAUACAAGACUAUAGCCACAUGCAUAUGUGUGCCUGCUUUAAAUUAAGGAUGUUCAUUUAAAGCAGUUGUAAUAAAGAGACAUGUUUAAAGACAAAUCAAUAACUCAUCUGGACAAAGUAUAAAUAUAUAUAUAUAUAUAGUAUAUAUACUGUGGGAGGUGCUGUGAACUAAUACCCUGAAAUGUAAUGACUAUUUCCAAUUCUAUAUUUUUAAGUAUAUACAAGUAUAUGCAUGGAUGAAAUAUUGUCUCAAUAAAAACAUGCAUUU